AUGUCUUCCACUACCAGCAACCCAACUACUGAAGCCGCCCGUUUUGUCCAAGCCCUCCGAAGCAACGACAGUCUGUAUCAAGAUUACAACGAUGAGUUCGUCGUCAAUGGUGACGUGCCUCCGACCGCCGCCGCCUUGAACGAGUUCUUCCAAAAGCAGGGUUAUCAAACCACACUCUCCGAUGUCAACGCCGCUUUGGCGAGCGUCUCCGCUAAUGACCUGUCCUAUUGGCAGGGUGACUACAACACUCAGCUCAUUGACGAGGGCACACCGGGGCCCAGGAUCGUGAUUCAAGGCGGCAAUAUCACGAUCUCUGGAAUAACGAUUAAUAACUACACCUUCCAGCAAUCGACCCUGACCUGGUCGGAUAGCACCAAUGGGAAUAAUGGCCGGCUCAACUUUGUCAGCCUGGUUGGGCUCGGUUCCCAACUGGAUCCCGCUUCUGAUCGAGAUAACAAGAAUGCUAGCGAUGAUCUUGUUGCGAAUCCUUACAUUGGGCCACAAUUUCAGGGCUUCUUCUGGGCCAAGGGCCACAACCAGCCCAGCGAUGCCAACCUCAUGGGCCGCAUGGGGAAAUUCCCCGACCCCAGUUCCAGCACCAGCGCCAGUGCUGCUCAAACCAGUCAAGGACCAACCCAAGCCUCGUCCCUUCCACAGUGGGCCGGCAAGUACAACAUUUACACAGUUGAUCAGACUCAGCAGGGUCCAAACAUUGGUAUCCAACUGAGUACUGAUACAGUUACAAUCGAUUCGAGUGGGAAUGUCAGCUUCAGCGGCGUUACAAUCAUCCAACCAACCUUCAAUAACGACACACUGGAAUGGAACUCGGCAGCGGGGAAUUCUUCGAACGCUAUUCUCAAGAUGAGAGAUGAUACUAUCGCGGGUUCUGAUCCUGAUAGUCCCUACACUGGCGACCAAUUUGGAGGCUGUUUCUGGGCCAGCGGAGACCAACAACCCGCAGAUUUCAACUGGUAUGGUUAUGUCAACGGCCCAAGCGCUUCCUCCUCCGGCGACACUACCGGAGAUCAAACGGAUUCUGGAAGCGAUGCAGGUUUGACUGCGCCUCAAACCCCUCAAGGGGCUAUCCAAGACAUGAAUGGAUGGUCUGCACUCGUCACCCUUGGGAAUGAAGCUAUGAACAUGUAUAUGCAGCAACAACUCGGAGAGGCAGUCAUCCACGCCUUGCCCUACGUUUGGAAGGCUCUCAAGUUUCUUUUCAAGGGUGUUAGCUCCUUGAUUCAGAAAUUUCGAAAUAUUGCGCCAAAGCCGACGCCCGCAGAGACUGAGCCGUCAGGAGCUGACAAACCAGCAAAUGGUGACGCUCCCAAAGGCGAAGAAGGCCAAGCAUCUGGGAAUGUGAACGACAGCUCUGGUGGAUCCGAUGCGAACAAUGCAGCUGAGAAUCCUGGGUCGGCCCCGAACGGGAAGAGUAUUGUCGUGGAGUCCGGGAAUCCCAACCAGCUGGGAUCCAAAACGGUUGUUGUAGAAAAUCCAAAGCCCACUACAGGGCCCACGAAUCCCAACAGUCACGCUGGAGAGCCUGGGGAACGUGGAGGGGCUGGGGAAGGUGGGGCUAGAGUGGGAGAAGCUGAUAGUACGUUGGGAAAGGUUUUAGGAGACGUUGAGGGAGUGUUGGGAGACAUCGCGAAGGUCGCAGUUUUCGCCUGA